GUUUUUGAGAGAAAGAAAGAGAAAAGAUGAGUGGAGAAAACGACAACGGCGGUGCUAAACGCAGAGGAUCUGUCAAGUGGUUCGACACCCAGAAGGGUUUCGGUUUCAUCACACCCGAAGACGGCGAAGAUCUCUUCGUUCACCAAUCCUCCAUCAGAUCUGAAGGUUACCGUAGCCUCGCCGAAGGCGAAUCCGUCGAGUUCCUCGUGGAGAUCGACAGCAACAGUGGCCGCUCCAAGGCCGUUGAUGUGACCGGACCCGAUGGCGCUCCUGUUCUAGGCACCAGCCGUGGCUCAUCCGGCGGACGCGGUGGAUUCAGCGGUGGUGAUGGGUAUGGAGGAAGAGGUGGUGGAGGACGUGGAGGUUACGGAGGAAGAGGCGGUGGUGGCCGUGGAGGUGGAGGAGGUGAUUGUUACAAGUGUGGUGAGCCAGGUCACAUGGCGAGAGAGUGUUCCCAAGGUGGUGGUGGUGGUGGAAGAGGAGGUGGCGGCGGCGGUGGUGGGAGCUGCUACUCGUGUGGCGAGUCGGGGCAUUUCUCUAGGGAAUGCACUAGCGGUGGACGUUGAAAACGGACACCUGUCGGGAAGGAUGAGUUCGUUAUGGUGUGAAGGACAAGUCUUGUCUCUACGUAUUAUCUAUUUAUGAUCUUGUUUUUUUUUUUUGGCUUGUGGUGGAUGCAUCUCUGUCGUUUUCUUAUGUUUGUUUUCGGUUUAAAACUCUUUGAUGGUUUCGGAUUAUGGUUAUUUUGUUUGUUGGUUUUGCAUGUGAUGGAUUCAUUUCAUAAACAAGGCUCAGCUG